AUGACACGUCUCUACCUCCAAGGAAGAACUGAAACAGUGCGCAGCAACACAAUAGAAGCCAAAGAGUUUGUUUUGGCAUUUGUGGAUCCAGCGGUUCCUGUGGACAAGAAAUAUAAGCUGCUCCUCAAAGCUGCUGAGGUUCAUGCCAAAAAGUACAAGGACUGUAUGAAUGGCAAGGGAAUUGAUAGGCAUCUCUUUGCACUCUAUGUGGUUUGCAAGGGCCAAGGUUAUGUAAGUAUUAUGAGUUUGAAGAUUUUUUAUCUUACAGUAGCUAUCACGCAUUACCACUACAUCUCUUAAAAUUAAUACAUUUGGCACAAUACAUUGUAUGAUAUUGAAGAUGAAGGGGUAGUGUCUGUGCCAUCACGCCAUUGAACGUUAUACAUUGUAUAAACAAUCAUUUUUCUGUUUCGUGACUAUUUCCACUUGAGACAUAGGUUAGUCAUUUUAGAGAUAGUAUCUGUCAGGAAUCCUUAUUAACAGCUAGUAUCUUUAACGGAAAAUGUGGCAUUAUGUUAGUGGGGGAGUAAAAAUGAAAAUUGGUUUUAUCAAUAUCCUUUCAUAUAAAAUUGACCGCUGUAGAGAAAUUGAGAAAAGCUGGCAUAAAUGGUCUGACAGAUUCUCUCCAUGACAAAGGGUUAGUGCUUAAAACAGCUUCUCAUCCUGCCUGUGGUAACCAAUUUGCGUAAUUAGCUCAGAUUACACUUCAAUGGCACAAAUUACAAUUCGAAAUUAAAUGAAUAAAUAAACAAACAAUAAUGGCAAAUAAACAAAACUAAUAAUAAAAAUAAUAAUAAUAAUAAUAAUGAUAACAAAAAGCGAGGGAUAAUGUGAAAAAGAGUAGACACCCCAUACAAGAAAGAUCACCUUCUAAAAACAAUGAAUAUCGAAAAGAACUAUGAUAAUUAUAAAGCGCAAGAUAAAAAAAAAUGAAAUACCCACCCUGUAACAGUAAGGUUUUUAGAAAUAAAGUCAAAUAUACCAUAAAGUACAAAACUAUUACAAAUAAAACAAGCUCAUCCCACUCCCAACCCCUGCCUGCUUUAAUACUAUCAUUAAAAAAGACUGCCUAUUAAACAUGGAGCAUGCAAUUAAACCAAACACAGCAAAAGAAAAAUAAUGCAAAACCUCUAGAUGUGUCAUGACUUCAACAAACAGAUGUAACUUACAAUACAGCAAAAUGUUUUUUUUAAAUAAUGUAGUGUCAGAUUGAGAUCUUCAAGUAAGUGGGGGAGCCACUUAUAUAGACCCUAAGAUAUUAAAGGGGGCCUGGCCUUGAAAAGAAUCUCUCUCAGCUCAACAGACUUUAGUUUGGCCAAAAAAUAAGGUGAGCACCCUGGCCUUCAGGCCCUUCCUAAAAUCUUCCACUGUAUUGUCAUUAAUACAGUCAACUCUUUUUAUAGCGAACAGUCCAGGGACCUCGAGUUAGUGUCUUUAACAGCGGGAGUCUGUAAUGGCAAGAGUUUACCUCAGUCAAACAUGUGCAGUUUAUUUUUUCCUGGGCUGUAUUAUUGGCAUGUCCAUUAUCCACAAGGCAAGAGUUGACUGCACCGGAGUGUAAAUUUAUGCUUUUUCAGUAUGCCAUUACUAAGUAUUUGGCAAGUAAAGGAAGUGUUCAGUUCUGUUUUAAAAACUGAAUACAUCUUUCACCACUUCACCAACUCAGUUAAUGAUAUACAUAAAUAAAUAAAAGGGGAAAUUAGCCAUUCAACCAUUUUUGUUUUGCUUUUCAAGGAAAGUGAAUUUGUCAAGAGUGCCUUGAGCUUGCCAUGGACUCUGUCAACAAGUCAACAACCUCAACAGCAAAUGUCUGGGCAGCACUUUAGUGUAAACGAGCCAGAACUUGCACAUUUGGUAUUAAAGGUUCUUUUGCUAGUAUUGAAGCACCAAUGAUAGUUCUGUGAAUUAACAGUGAUUAUGUUGUGCUUCAGAAAAUGAUUUCAUUCACCACUUUGGAAAUCAGAAAGAAACUGUCCCAAAUUAACCUUUACAAAUUAAGACUUCUGGGACUGUUACUUAGGGUUGGGAAGAAUUGGCCAACAGCUGAUGGGCAUGUCCCCAAGUAAAGAUCCCAUGCAGAAACAAUGAAUUAUUGUGAGACACAUUGAUGAAUUUGAAUGUUCACAUACCACAUACAGGAUUUCAUUCCUAACAACAUUAUAAGGGAGGUGUUUUUAACUAUGGUACUGUUAUUUUGUAAAACUUCAAUCCACCAUAUCUCUCUGACCAAUAUGGAAUAUCUGUCUUACCUCAAGAACCACGUCAAUAUUAUUAUAUUUGGUAGCAAAAUGCUUUGGUUCACAAUUAUAAUAUUUAUAGCAAUUGUAUAUCUUCUGAAAAACUUCCCCCUAAUGCAAGGGCUGAAUAUUAUUUUUUUGGUAAUUCAAAGAACAAUUCAAAGAAGAGCAUUGUGACUUGAGAUAUUUGAUUUUAAUUUUUAACAUUUUUCUGGUCUGCACACAGAUUUCGCCUGGUGGUGGGUUUGGACCUGUGGCUGAUGAUGGCUAUGGAAUUUCUUACAUGGUUCCUGAUGACCACAAGGUUUUCUUCCAUAUUUCUUCCAAGAUUUCGUCAGAACAGACAAACUCUGAGAGAUUUGUCCGAUUAUUGUUUGAAAGCAUGGCAGAAAUAAAGGAACUGUUUGAGGCAGUCAAGACUGCAAAGAAUCAAAACUGUAAACCAUAA